CGAUUUGCAAAGAUUCCACUCCCAUUGAAAAGGUUAUCAAUGGCGACAACGACUCAAGUUCGUCUGCGAGGCAGACCUGCUCAUACAAGAGGACCUACUUUUCUUUCGUACACCCCAGAUGGGACGAAGUUGAUCACCGUCGGAUCGAACAAUACUACGCGUGUCUACAAGACAGGAUUCGAUGGAGAACCUACAAAUAUCGACGACUGCCCAGAGCAGAAUACUGGUGUGGCUUCAACUGAUGAAUUCUUCAUCAUUGGUUCCGAAGAUGGAAACGUCAGCAAGUUCUCGCUCGAUACAAUGUCCUACGAGAAAUACCUCACUCGUUGUUCUCUCCCAAUUCGAGAUGUUACUCUGUCCUCCAAUGGGAAGUGGUGUGCUGUUGCGAGUGACGAAUUGGUUGUCAAGAUCAUCAGGACGAAUGACACGAGCGCGGUAAUGUCUUUGAGAGAGCAACCGAAGCCUGUCAAGCACCUGUCCUUCGACCCAAGUGGCAAGCAUAUAGCAUUGUCUUGUACGGAUGGGCUGGUAUAUGUCUACUCUCUCAUCAACGAUGAGCCAGAGCUUGUCCGGAAGAUUGAUGGUCUGAUCAGGACACUGGAGACCGAGGAUGAAAUUAGCUCGAAAGUUGUGUGGCAUCCAGAUGGCCGAGCCUUUGCGGCACCUACAGCAACGCGGGAUAUUCAGGUCAUGUCCCGAGGAGACUGGGAGAAUCAAAGGACCUUUACCAGUGGGCACGAUGGGGAUAUCACCGCCCUCGCAUGGUCGCCAAAUGGAGCAAUGCUAGCAUCCGCUGCAAAAGAUGGGAAAGUUCUCCUGUGGGAAACGAAGACUCAGAAAAUGCUUGCAACCUAUGACUACGCGGAUGUAAUGGACAUAGCAUGGCAUCCAACGAAUAACCUGCUAUCGUUCACCAAUACCGAGGGCUGGGUCUAUAUCUACAAUGAUUUUGUGCCUCAAGAGCAUUCCCAUCUGCUCAAAUUACCACUCCAGCCAGCCCCCUUCAUACAUGAUCCUCUCUCUGAGAUCUCAGCUAAUGCCCGAAGGCCAAUUACCAAUGGCCUCAAGGACAUUCCGAACCAUGGAGCCCGACGAGGAACUCCGGACAGCUUGGAUGAUAUCCUUGGCUCGGAUAUUUUGGGCGAUGAAGAUGAUUUUGUUGUCGAUGACGAUGGUGCUGGUUAUGCGUUGGGAUUGAAUGGAAAUGGCAAGAGGCCAAAUGGUGUUCCAGACCCCUAUGCUGGUCCACUCAGCAAGCGUCGCACUCAAACCUGGGAACCUCAGAUCCAUGACUCAUUUCAACCUGGCUCUACUCCUUGGCGAGGAAACAGAAAGUAUCUUUGUCUCAAUCUCAUCGGCUUCGUCUGGACUGUGGACCAAGACACCCACAACACUAUUACAGUGGAGUUCUAUGAUCACGAAUUUCACCGCGAUUUCCAUUUUACCGAUACUUUCCUUUACGACAAGGCCUGCCUCAACGAGCAUGGGACUCUCUUUUCGUGUCUUACCAAUGGAGAUACACCAGCUACCAUAUUUUAUCGUCCCCAUGAGACUUGGACAGCUCGGGCGGACUGGCGGACUCAAUUGCCAAAAGGGGAAGAAGUCACUGCCAUAUCACUUAGUGAUUCAUUCAUCACUGUCACUACAACAGCCAAUUAUGUCAGAGUAUACACUCUAUUUGGAAUUCCAUACAGAGUUUACAGGCAGAAGAGUAGUCCAACCGUCACAUGUGCAAGCUGGCGAGAUUAUGUCUUGACUUUGGGUAACGGCCCGGUUGGUGCAGAUGGAAAUACGAGGCUCCUGUACACCAUCCAGAACAUCAAGAGGGACGAAAUAUGCCAAAGCGAAGAUGUCGUUGCUCUACCAGAUGGGGAGACCAUUAAGAGUGUUUUCUUCUCAGACAAUGGAGAUCCAUGUAUCUACGACUCAACCGGAACGCUCCUAACGCUCCUCCACUGGCGCACCCCCUCUCAAGCAACUUGGGUCCCCCUCCUCGACACCAAGCUCCUCUCGCGUCUCGCCUCAGGCCGAAAAACAGAAACCUACUUCCCCGUCGCCGUAGCAGACAACAAAUUCCACUGCAUCAUCCUCAAAGGCGGCGACCAAUACCCCUACUUCCCUCGCCCUCUGCUCUCAGAAUUCGAUUUCCAGAUACCGCUAUCAUCAAAGCCUACACCGGAUGGCGGAGAUGACGAAGAUGCUGAAGCAGAGAAUGAAGGGGAUGAACUGAACAAAUUGGAGAGCGAAUUCGUACUCAAGAGUGUGUUGGCUGCUCAGCAGCAGGAUCUGGUCGAUUUCACCAAGAGCUCGCAUAGCCAACGGACUGCGCUGGCUAGAAUGGAGGUUGAGAUUGAUAAGACGCUAUUGCAAAUGAUGGCUGUAGAGUGUAGAGAGGGGGAGGACAGGGGUAUGCGGGCUUUGGAGAUGGUUACCUUAUUGAGGGAUAGGACUGGUAGGAUGAUGGAGGCGGCUGGGAAGGUUGCCGAGCGGUAUGGGAGGAACGUGCUUGGGGAAAAGAUUAGAGAGGUUGGCGAAAUGCGGUUGAGUGCCAUGGAAGAGGAUUAGGUGUAUAGGAUUGGGCUGCAGGGUAUAUCAUGGCGUUUGUGUGCACAUGCUCGUGUUGGGUAAUGCGGCCAGGUAGCAUAAUGAAUUGAUGGAUUGCAUUCCCCC